AUGGGGGCGGCUAUAAGGGGGCCAUCAGGCAGCGCGGGCCCCAUACGGCACGGGACAGUGGCCAUGGCUACCAUAUUGUUCCUUGCCUUGCUUGUGCAAAGCGUCUUCCAGUUCCCGCAGAUGGUGGGGGAUGAGCUGGACGAGGACACGCACGAGCUCAUGCAGCAGCGUGAGGAGUAUCUGACCCAGCAGAUGAAUCGGCUGCUGCAGGAGCUGGAGCAGCAGAGCCACUUGGGCAGGAGCGCCCCGCGCUUUGCCACCUUGCAUCAGUGGCAGUUCUGGGUGAUUGCUGUAAUGCUGGCCAUGGCUACCAUAUUGUUCCUUGCCUUGCUUGUGCAAAGCGUCUUCCAGUUCCCGCAGAUGGUGGGGGAUGAGCUGGACGAGGAUACGCGCGAGCUCAUGCAGCAGCGUGAGGAGUAUCUGACCCAGCAGAUGAAUCGGCUGCUGCAGGAGCUGGAGCAGCAGAGGCACUUGGGCAGGAGGGCCCCGCGCUUUGCCGCCUUGCAUCAGUGGCAGUUCUGGGUGAUUGCUUUAAUGCUGCUACUGGUCUCGAGCUUCCGGUGGUGGCUCAUGAAAAGGGCCAAUGAGCCAGACAGCAGCGACGAGGAAGUCUCCAGCAGCGACAGUGAGCAGGCGCAAGACAUUGAGGAGGAAGACAAUGAUGAUGGCGCAAAUGACUGGAGAGGGAUUUUUGAGCAGCACAUACCGCAUCUAGCUGUGAACCCGGCCACAGAUUGCCAGACUGUGGAGGGUCUGGUGGGCAACUUGAUCCUUAUCUUCAAAACGAUCUUGGCAGAUAGUUUAUUCCCGGAGCUGCAAUCAGCCAUCGGGGUGGGCAGCGCCUUUGAAGGUUGGAGUCCCCAUGAAGAAGUCAUCACCUACCAUGUGCUCGUGCCCAUGAAGGCUCCCCUUUGGCACUCCUUCCACCUGGAGCUGUGCGAUACUGGGGAGAUGCAGACAAGGAACUUCUGCAUUCGCGUGGAGCAAGAGUGCAUCUGCACGAGGGAGCGGCUAGUGGGGGACAUGCUGUGCUUCCUCCACCACUCUGAGGAGGAGCUGAGGAAGAAUCAGAAACCCUGCCUCCUAAGCACUCUCUGCAGUGGCUCCUAUCUAGAUGUCCAGAAAACUGCCCGCUGGUUCCACCAAUUGGUGAAAGCAGCCUGGGUGGCUUUGCCCCAGGCGGGCAGUUGCCGUCUAAAGAUGAUGCCCUUCAACCGCUCCUGCAAAUUCCAGGUGACAAAAACCGAUCAGAAAAGAUUCAUCAUUGAGCUCAUGUUUGGAGUGCAGCAAGGCGACUCAGACAUCUUCGUGACCAGCGAGAGUACAGAGGCCAUCUUCACCCCCAGCACAAUGUGGACAGAGAGCUGUGCUGUGGCAGAGGUGAAGUUCUUCAGGCAUAUGGCCACGCAGGCCCCACGUGACAGCUUCCAUGCUAAAUGCCUGCAGGUCUACACCCACAUCCUGGUGGGCACAAGCUUUUCCAACUAUACCUUGAAGACAGUUGUGAUGCACCUCCUGAACACCACACCCCUGUCAAGCUGGAGCAGGAGAGAAUUCCUACCGCGGCUGCAGGAUAUCAUGUGCCACCUGCGCAGCUGCCUGGAGGAGAAACGCCUUGACCACUUCUUCUCCGGCAGUGAGAACGUGCCCAAGGAGAUCAUCUUGCCCCCAGCCUUCCAAAGGGCUGAGCCACUCAACCUCUUCAAGCACCUGGCACAGGAUCCGGAUGCCCACGCCCAGGCACUGUAUGAAUUCAGUCACCUGCAAGAUCGGCUCACAAGACUGCUGUUUUACGGACAGUAA